CCGGGCUGCGGGGCCCCGGCGCGCCCCGCGCUUGCGCAAGGGGGAGCGGCCGCGGGGCAGCGGCGGGGCCGGCGGCGGCGUGAGUGCGGGAGUGAUGUGGGACCCACCUGUUCUGUGUGAAGGACACGAAAGGCAACAUUUCAUAAAGGGAAGAAACAAAACAUCUGAUAAAUGGAAGCCAUGAAGUUAUCAAAGCGGUCCUUUGCUUUUGGGAUUUUGGCAUGCAUAGCUAUUUAUGUUGCAUACAUAAAAUGGCACUUGGACUCUAAACCAGCCAUGGGAGCAACAGAAGGAGCUGCUGAACACAGGGGAGACAAACUGAACCGUCAGGCACCAACUGCAGAUCUCUCAGUGUUUUAUGGAAUUAUGUUUGAUGCAGGAAGCACGGGAACUCGCAUCCAUAUUUUUAAAUUUACACAACAGCCAAAAGAGACUCCCAAAUUAACCCAUGAGACAUUUAAAGCACUGAAGCCAGGUCUAUCUGCAUAUGCUGAUGAUGUCGAAAAGAGUAGCCAGGGAAUAAAAGAGCUCCUGGAGGUGGCGAAGAAGGAAGUUCCUAUGGAGCUGUGGAAGUUUACUCCUCUGGUCCUGAAAGCCACAGCUGGCCUACGGUUGCUGCCAGGAGAGAAAGCUCAGAAGUUGCUGGAUAAGGUGAAGGAGAUAUUUCAGGCCUCCCCCUUCUUUGUGAGGGACAACUGCGUGUCCAUAAUGAAUGGAACCGAUGAAGGUAUUUCAGCCUGGAUCACAAUAAAUUUUUUAACGGGUAGCCUAAAUGAUCCACAGAAGAGAAGCGUAGGGAUGUUGGAUUUGGGUGGUGGAUCAACACAGAUCACCUUCCUUCCACGCACCAAGGCAACUCUCCAGACAUCACCAGCUGGCCAUACAACUUCAUUUCAGAUGUUUAACAACACCUACAAGCUGUAUUCAUACAGUUACCUGGGACUCGGGCUGAUGUCAGCAAGGCUUGCCAUUUUAGGAGGAGUUGAGGGAAAACCCUUAGGAGAAGGGGAGGAAUUAAUCAGCCCUUGUUUACCACCUGGCUUCAAAUCUGAAUGGCAACAUGCUGAGAUAGUGUACAAAAUUAAAGGACAGAAGGCAGGUGAGCCUCUGUACGAGUCUUGUUCUAACAAAGUGGCAAAGGUGCUCUACAAAAAAGUGCAUAAAGCUGAGGAAGUGAAGGACUUGGAUUUUUACACUUUCUCCUACUACUACGACCGUGCAGCGGAGGUUGGUCUCAUAGAUAAAGAAAACGGAGGAAGCUUAACUGUUGAGGACUUUGAAAUUGCAGCCAAAUACAUAUGUAAGACCAUGGAAAUCAGCCCUGGAAGCAGCCCUUUUCUUUGCAUGGACCUCACCUAUAUCACCUUCCUCUUGCAAGAACUGGGCUUCCCCAAGAGCCAAGUCUUUAAGCUUGCCCAGAAAAUUGACAAUGUUGAAACCAGCUGGGCAUUGGGAGCCACUUUUCAUUAUAUUGACUCACUCAAUAGACUGCAGUACUAAAGCUCCUUGAAGGUGACUUUUGGGAAUUGUUUUGUUUUGUUUUGGAAGCCAAACACAGAACCUGUUGGAAGGGUCUGCUUUUGGCUUCUGGAGUCCUUUGGGAGGUCAUAAGGUCCCCUUUCCUCCCACCCCUUGCCAAGUCCCCUUGAUGGCUAGCUCUUUUUUACAGUGAAGAGUGCAGUAUCUGAAACAUAAGCCUUGAUUUGACAGCAUCUGCAUUCAACUUGACAUAAAACUUCCUAAUUGUUGAAGGAAAACCAAGACUCUGCAGGACAACUGUGAUCUCUAUGAGAAAAACAGCUUUUUGGAAUAUACCUGUACGAUGUGCUUGUACUGUGCUAAAGUCACUGUAGGAAAGGGUCACUCCAGAAAGAACUCUUUACUGUCCUGAUUUCAGGGUGUUUUUCCUGUUUGUCAGCUGUUUUCAGUGAUUAUUUUUAUUUUACUACUGCUGUGUUUGAAAGUGAACUUGUGCAUGUGCUUGCAAAGACAGUGCAUUUAUAGAGAUGUGCUGCUGGCAGGCAGCAGCUUUGAAGUGCACUGUGGAAGUCAGCUCUGCUUUCCACUUGCUGAACUAGGAAAGCUCAGGAGCACUCUAGAAACUGGAGAUGUAUUUAAAGGCAUGAGCUGGAGCCUAUAUGCCCUGUAGGGUUAAAGCCUGCAGCCUAAUGUUGGUUCCCUGGCUGUUGAGAGAUGGAUGGAUGGAUGGAUGGAUGGAUGGAUGGAUGGAUGGAUGGAUGGUGACAUCAGAUUUGCUGGAUGAGAAAGGCCUGGGAGCUGGGUACAGGGCUAAUUAUGGAUCGGACAGUUCUAGCGUGGGUCAGGGUAAGAUUGGUGAACGAGACAAAGCCACAAAAAUAAACACCAAGUACUGUUCUUGGACCUCACA